AUGUUCGGAAUCCAGCAUCACCCAGACCUAACUCGGAAGAGAGGACGUGACGAUGAGGAGGACAUGCACAAUGGCACUCUGAGCUUUGGUGAACACAGAAACAAACGCCUUCAAUGCCUACCCCUCCGAACAUCGCCGACCUCCUCGAAGCGCUGGUCGACACCCGUUAUACCGCUCAACGCCGCUCCUUGCACUCUGACACCAGGCGACUCGGACUCAGAGGAACAACCCAGGUCACACUUCUCGCCAUGGUCGUCAUCACCCGCGCCCAUGUCUUGCCAGCCCUCGCCCUUUGGUCCGACCGAGCCCGAUCGUGACAUGGACAUGAUGGACACAAUGUCGCCGCCUCCUGUCCCGCAGCAGCACAUCCAGUCAGACCAGCCCGCCUCUGUCAACGGCCGUAUGCCCACCCCGAUUCAGCCAAACUUUGCCUCCCAAUUCAUGAAUGGCGGCUCCUCAGCGCGCGACUGGCGCGGCCCGGGUCCCGCGGUGAGCCAUCGUACCGGCGUAGUGAAUAUGGGCCACAUGCAUGCCGGCUUCGGCAGCGACGAGUCCCGUUCCAUUCCUCGUACCAUGGAAGGCACCGACGAUUGGCACAGCAUCCAGAAUCGCCGUCUGCCGUCGCCUAUUAGUGAAGGCGAGGACUCGGCGAGCCAUCUGGGCAGCGGAAGCCUGAGCCCCCCGGGAAUGGUCCUCGAUAAUGGUUUCCCGUCCAACCUGACUGCCCGCUUAGAACAGUCGUCUCUCAACGGACACGAUCAUCACGAUAUGGGCAUGAUGGAUGUGGAGGACCACUCACACAUGAUGAGUGAUGAUCCCGUCACCACUACCAUUGACGCCGCUCCCCUUGAAACGACGUCAGCACCGGCAACACCCUCGCCUGGACGCAAGGGACACAUUCGAUCUAGGCACACUGUCAACUCGUGGACUUGGCAGCCUGGCAUGAAGAAGAGCUUCAGCAUCGGUUACCGUGCUGAUUGCGAAAAGUGCCGCCUCAAGGUGCCGGGCCACUUUAAUCACAUUGUUGUCUCAUAG